AUGGAUGUUCUCUAUUCAUUAUUGGAUAUUGAAAAUCAAACACUUAAUAUGAUAGUAAAAGACCAAAAGUUUACUACAAGUCUCAAUUUUGUAUUGACAAUGAUAACUAAUAAUGUAUUGUUGAUUGAUGAUUGUAAACUUGAUCGAUUCUGUAUAAAUACUUGGUCAAAAAUUGCUCUUAAUAUUAAAUCUCUUAUUGUUGAAUCGGAAUCUAUAGAACGUAUUCUUCUCGCUGCUGAUUAUCCCAAUCUAGUUGUACUUAAAUUCUUCAAUUUCAAUAACAAAACUACUUCAAAAUAUUUUACAGGACAACGUCUCGAUUUAUUAAAAAUUAUUAAAGAAAUUGAUAAAGUUGGUCAUGCUGGUGAUGAUCGACGACAUUCAGAAACCAUUCGUUCUUGUUUGAUAUUAAAUGAUUUACGUGAAAAACAUAAAACAACAUAA